GAGCCGACCGGCCCGAUGGAGGCGGCCGGCACCUGGACGCUGCUGCUGGCGCUGCUGCUGCUGCUGCUGCUGCUGGCGCUGGCGCGGCCCCGGACCCGCGGCCACCUGCCCCCCGGGCCCCCGCCGCUGCCGCUGCUGGGGAACCUCCUGCAGCUGCGGCCCGGGGCGCUGUACUCGGGGCUCCUGCGGCUGAGUAAGAAGUAUGGCCCGGUGUUCACCGUGUACCUGGGACCCUGGCGGCGCGUGGUGGUCCUGGUUGGGCACGAGGCUGUGCAGGAGGCCCUGGGAGGUCAGGCUGAGGAGUUCAGUGGGCGGGGGAUGUUGGCAACGCUGGACGGGACCUUUGGCGGCCAUGGGGUUUUCUUCUCCAAUGGGGAGCGGUGGAGGCAGCUGAGGAGAUUGACCACGCUGGCCCUGCGGGACCUGGGCAUGGGGAAGCGAGAAGGCGAGGAGCUGAUCCAGGCCGAGGCCCAGCGUCUGGUGGAGGCAUUCCAGGGGACAGUAGGACGCCCAUUUGACCCCUCCCUGCUGCUGGCUCAGGCCACCUCUAACAUCAUCUGCUCCCUCACCUUCGGCCUCCGCUUCCCCUACGAGGACAAGGAGUUCCAGGCCGUGGUCCAGGCGGCCGGCGGCACAGUGCUGGGGGUCAGCUCCCCCUGGGGCCAGACCUACGAGAUGUUCUCCUGGCUCCUGCAGCACCUGCCCGGCCCCCACACACAGCUCCUCAGCCACUUGAGUGUCCUGGCCACCUUCGCCGUCCAGCAGGUACAGAGACACAAGGAGAGCCUGGACACCUCGGGCCCCCCACACGACGUUGUGGAUGCCUUCCUGCUGAAGAUGGCAAAGGAGGAGCAAGACCCGAACACAGAACUGACGGACAAAAACUUGCUGAUGACGGUCAUUUAUCUGCUAUUCGCCGGGACGGUCACCGUCAGCACCACGGUCCGCUACACCCUCCUGCUUCUGCUGAAGUACCCUCAGGUCCAAGAGCGUGUGCGGGAGGAGCUGAGCCGAGAGCUGGGGGCCGGCCGUGCACCGGGCCUGGGGGACCGAGCCCGCCUCCCCUACACCGACGCAGUUCUGCAUGAGGCGCAGCGGCUGCUGGCUCUGGUGCCCAUGGGGGUGCCCCGUGCCCUUGCGAGGACCACCUGCUUCCGAGGGUACACGCUGCCCCAGGGCACCGAGGUCUUCCCCCUCCUUGGCUCUGUCCUGCAUGAUCCUGAGAUCUUUGAUGAGCCAGAAGAAUUCAAUCCAGAUCGAUUCCUGGAUGCAGACGGACGGUUCCAGAAGCAGGAGGCAUUCCUGCCCUUCUCCUUAGGUAAGCGCAUCUGCCUGGGAGAGGGCCUGGCGCACGCAGAGCUCUUCCUCCUCCUCACCACCAUCCUGCAGGCCUUCUCCCUGGAGAGCCCGAGCCCGCCGGGUGCCCUGAGCCUCCAGCCAGCUGUCAGCGGCCUUUUCAACAUCCCCCCAGCCUUCCAGCUGCGAGUCCGGCCCCACUAACCUUCCCCAACCCCCACCGUGUGGACCAGAUGAAGGAGGGAGCUGUGGGAGAUUGGUGGCCCCCUGGCGGAGGCGGGCAUCAACUUGGUUGUGUCUCCGGAGCCCCCCAGGCAGCCACAUCCAUGCACCCGGAGCUCCUCUAGAGUCACUCACACAGAUAAUCGGCCUACAUGUCCCCAGGGCCCUGCUUACUCAGCCCAUGCAGCUGUUGAGACACACAGUCCUCGCCCCGCCACCAGAGCCAAGAGGCCACUCUGACACAUAGGCUUCCUACAGGCAUAGAUUGAGUUUGUCUGGAAUCGUGAUCGUGUGCCUAGAUAACACACCAUCCCCUACAUGACACAACUCCCCUGGAUUCACAACCCACAUGUGGGAAUUUGGCUCCUACCUUCAUAAGCCACAGAAACAGCUGCUGUGUUGGACCCACAAGCCUUCUUCACCCACCCAUCCACCCGCCAAUUCUGGGAGCCUGGUGUAGAGAGGUGAACAUGCCACUUUCUGGGUCACGUCCCCACACAGAGAGACCGUCCCUGAGUUCAGCCCCAGCAUCCCCUCUUGCUGUCACAGCACGAUCCAGGCAGAUGACCACUGCUGUCCGCAUGUCCCCAGUACUGAACCACACAGCUAGCCCACACAGGAUACCGUCCCACUCCCAAAUAUCUUCACUCAGACACACCGUUCUUGGGGGGGGCACAUCCCCCACCUCCUCCAGGCCUUCAGCCCUCAAGGACACCCCUCUUUCCGAGCACCUUGAUCCUCAAAUUCUCCCAAAUAUAAAUAUAAGCGCAGCGUGCAAUUAUGGACACAGGCCUGGGAAGCAAGUCAACUAGGACACACCGGACCCUCUGCUCAGAGAAACACCUCCCCCUCCUGCUGCUUAUGUAACCCUAUUAAAAGCCUCCCCUGCCUGCCCCUCCUCCCCACACACACACUGACCCACCUCCCCUCCCCAAGUCCCAGUUAGACCCAGUAGAAGGGGCUAGAUGACCCAGUAGGGGCUAGAUUCCAACUCCCUGGGUCAGAGAAGAGGCCAGCUCUGACGUCCCUGUGACUUGAAAGUCCCCAUUUUGCAAUAAAAGUUCAUUUCUGGCCCUAGGUCUGGCCCAUGGCAGGGCCUGGAGUGCCUGUGA